UUAGUCCCAACUCUAAGAUGUGAAGAUUGUCUUUGGGGCUUGGUAGCUGUUAUCACAUGAAAGUGUUGGUCUUGAGCCGCGGAGUGAUAUAUUAUGUACGUCAGAUUGUGAAACGGUUACGCAGCGGGUUGGCCGCGCUUUGAGACGUUGAACCUGAAUCAAUAAACUGUUUUGUGUAAUGCGGCAUGGUUUAAUUCCUAGUUUUUAUUUUUUUUUUCUCCUUACAUCACCUUGUUUUUAGGACAGUGUGAUGUUCUGAGUUUAUAUGGAUGUUGAUGCCUCGUGUUGUAUUUUACGAUAAACAGGUAAGCUGAUUUUAACUGACCAAGAUGACGGUGCACGGGAAAAUUGUAAUUAUAAAGAGAAAUGGAAGUGAUGGGACAGAAUUCCCGCUAACGAUGCCUUUAUGCAUGUUUGGAAGGAAACCAGAUUGUGAUAUUCGCAUUCAACUACCCCAUGUUUCUAAAGAACACUGUAAACUGGAAAUUAAUGAAAACAAGGCAGUAAUUUUAACUAACCUGAGCUUGGUUAAUCCAACUUGUGUGAAUGGAAAUAUUGUACCAGAACCUAAACAAUUGAAGCACGGAGAUAUAAUAACUAUUAUUGAUCGUUCUUUCAGGUUUGAAUAUCCCAAUGCUACUCCAAGGAAGAGAAGAUCAACUGCAGGAAACAAAACUUUACAGCAGGUGAAGGAAACUGUUGGCCAUUUAUCUGAAAAUAAGAGUGAAUUUACAGCUUUGAUUUCAGGUACAGCUGAUGUACUGAAUGAUGAAGUGGAGCAAAAGAAUGAGUCUGAAAACCUUAAUGCCACACCAGCUAACAUGGCAGUUAAAGCACAUAAGCAGAAGAUAUUGGAUGGAUCAUCUCCAUUUAGUCAACUUUAUAAAAUGCUUAAAAAUCAGAUUGAGGCUAAUGACAAAAGUAACAUCCGUUUAACUGAUGGUAAGCCACCUACAAAUGUUUCCGACAGUGCGAGUUUGAUGGUCCAGUCACCAAAGCGUAAAUCUCAGAAAAUAUUUCAAAGUAAAGUCUUGGAAAUGGAGAUAUUCGAGAAUAAGCAGGAAAAUCCAAGUUUGUCAUUGAAAGCUAAUGAUACUUCAUUGGAAAAAGUAGUCUCUGGCAGAAGGAGUCAAAGAAGCAGCUGUAAUUCCUUGGGUUCUGACAAAAGAGUGGCAGAAUCCUUGAUUAUAGAGUCACAAGAAGUUAAAGCAGAAACACCAAAUACCAGAAGAAAAAGUAACGUAAUACAGCAUGUAGUUUCUAAUGCAGAUUGUGAAAAUCAAGUACCUGACAAUGACAAGGAGAGUAGAGUACUUGAAACGCCUAAAACAUGUAGGCGUUCAGGGACAUCUUCAAGUUUAUCUAAUUUUGUAGUAUCUGAUUCUUCUGUUUCAGAGCCCCUUGUAUCAAAAGAAACCCCUUCACUUGGAACCCCUAAAUCCUCAAGUAAGGGUCGUGGCAGAAAGUCGCUGAAAUCUUCCAGCUUGUCUUCUAUAGAUGUUCUGAGUAAUGAAAUGCUGUCUACAAACAGAGAUGUAGCUGUGAGCACAACUAGUACCCAAGAAUUACUCUUGAAGCAAGUGGAUGGGAGAAAGAACCUUUCUGAAAUUUGUCAAAGCCAUGUAUCUGUAACAGGUGACCAUAAUAAGAAGACUAGGAGAAGCUCACAGGCUAUACACAGAAGAUCUCUAAGUGCAAGUGAAGUUUUACAGGCAAUUCAGGAUUCACAUUUGACUGAGGUGUUAGAUUCAAUAAGUGACCAAAAUAGUGAAUCAUGCAAUGUAAAAACCAGAAGGAGUUUUAAAGCUGAAACAGUAGCAUCCCAAGUAAAUUCUUCCAAGCAGGAUUCUACCUCUCCUAGGCUCAGAACUAGAUCAGUGUCCCCUGCAAAGGUAAAUCAAUUGCCUCAGAAAGCUCUUCUGCAGCUACCAGCAACAAGCCAUACAAACAGUCCUACACCAGCCAUUCAGUCUCCUAAAAGUGAAACUAAGAAAGUUUUAUCAUCAUCAAGGAGAUCCAGCAGUUUAGCUGCUGCCAUUAAAUCCCCUGAAAGUGAAACAGAGGCUGUUUUACCAACACCAAGGAGACCAGGCCGUCCUGCAGCUUCCACUAAAUCACCUAAAAGUGAAAUGGAGGCCGUUUCCUCAACACCAAGAAGAGCCAACAAUUCUGCAGCUGCCAAUCAGUCCCCUAAAAGUGAAACUAGGAAGGUUUUGUCAUCGCCAAGGCGAUCCAAAAGUCCUGCUGCCACCAUUAAAUCCCCUGAAACUGAAACAGAGGAAGUUUUGUCAACACCAAGGAGACCAGGCCGUCCUGCAGUUGCCACUAAAUCACCUAAAAGUGAAACUAAGGCAGCUUUAACAGAGAGAUCCAGAAGUCCUGCUGCUGCUAUUAAAUCACCUGAAAGUGAAACGGAGGCAGUUUUGUCAACACCAAGGAGACCUGGCUGUCCUGCUGCUGCCACUAAAUCCCCCAAAAGUGAAACGGCGGUAGUUUUGUCAACACCAAGGAGAUCCAAUCAGUCCCCUGAAAGUGAAACAGAGGCUGUUUUACCAACACCAAGGAGACCAGGCCGUCCUGCAGCUGCCACUAAAUCCCCCAAAAGUGAAACCGGGGUAGUUUUGUCAACACCCAGGAGAUCCAGCAGUCCUGCAGCAGCCAUUAAAUCACCUGAAAGUGAAACAAAGGCAGUUGUGUCACCAAGGAGAUCCAACAGUCCAGGUGCUGCCAUUAAAUCGCCUGAAAGUGAUACGGAGACAGUUGUGUCAACACCAAGGAGACCUGGUCGUCCUGCUGCUGCCACUAAAUCCCCCAAAAGUGAAACCGGGGUAGUUUUGUCAACACCAAGGAGAUCCAACAGUCCUGCAGCAGCCAUUAAAUCGCCUGAAAGUGAAACAAAGGCUGUUGUGUCAACACCAAGGAGAUCCAACAGUCCUGAUUCUUCCAUUAAAUCGCCUGGAGGUGAAACUGAAGCAGUUGUGUCAACACCAAGGAAACCUGGUCGUCCUGCUGCUACUAAAUCGCCCAAAAGUGAAACCGGGGUAGGUUUAUCAACACCCAGAAGAUCCAACAGUCCUGCAGCAGCAACUAAAUCACCUGAAAGUGAAACAGAGGCAGUUUUGUCAACACCAAGGAGACGUGGUCGUCCUGCUGCUGCCACUAAAUCCCCCAAAAGUGAAACAGCGGUAGUUUUGUCAACACCAAGGAGAUCCAACAGUCCUGCUGCUUCCCUUAAAUCACCUGAAAGUAAAACGGAUGCAGUUUCAUCAACACCAAAGAGACCUGGUCAUCCUGCAGCUGUCACUAAAUUGCCUAACAGUGAAGAGGAAAACUCGCCUCGUAAGAGAUCUGUGAGCAGUGUGACCAGAGGGAUGAUGCUGGAAGCUGGAGAAAAUGAUACAAUGCCUUCUCCCAGUACUUCUAAUCAAAUCUCAACCCGAAAGCGGAGGAGUGGAGAGCAUUUUGAGAAGUUAUCAGAGCCUUCCUCAAAGAGGAAGAGAGUUUCUUUUGGUGGGCAUUUGAGUCCUGAAAUAUUUGACAGACGUUUACCACCAAAUUCGCCACUGAAAAAAGGUGCUGCCCCACUUAGACUGAGUUUAUCAGUGAUGAAGAAGAAGAAGACGAUUACUAAACCUAGCAGAUAUUCAAUUUCUGUGGUUGGCUCUUCUAUGAUGAAGGAAAGUUUAGAGGCUUCUACAGAGGAUAAAUCUAUUAAGAAAUCCUCUCCUGGCAGAUUGCUGCCCAAAGUUAGCAGUACUCCUCAGAAAUUGAAGACUCCAUCACCUCGCCAGAAAUCGACUAAUAAGUUAACUCAAAGUGUGACACCAGAUGUGAUUGUGUCAGCAUCAGCUGCUGAAACUGUGGUGAACAGUUCUGUUGAAUCUUUAGUUAAAACGCCAUCUCCUGGUACAAGAGCACGUAGAAGUGCAGCUAACAUAGAGUUUGAAUCUGUGACAAAAGUAAAAGGAUUAUCUGUCAGUAACAGGAAGUCUUUGCAAGACAGGAAAUCUGUCUCCUUUGUUUCAGAAGAAUCACCACUGAGAAAACCAGUAGAUGACUUAACAUUCCCUUCACCAAGUAAAAAAUCUCAUUUGAAAAAUACUGUAGUUUCUCUCGGUAACUUACUGAGUGACUCUAAUAAAAACAGUACUAAGUUAGAUAUAUCUUUAAGCGACUCCCCUAGAUCAUCUCCUAGGACAAAGUCCGUAGUUGAUCCUGGCCAAUCUCAUGAAAUUUCCAUCAGCACUCUUCAGAUAUCCCCUAGAAAUAAACAACUCAGUGAGUCUGAAUCAACACCAGACAAGAAGCACAUUGUUGUAAUUGGUACACCUCGUUCAUCUCCUAGGAAUCGUUCAUUAAUUAGCUCUUCUGGUACUAACACAGCUGCUGUUGCAGACAGUGUUAAUCUAGCCUCACCUAAAAGGAGGUCAUCUCCUGGUGUCUCAACAGCACCUAAUGAGUCCAGUGAAAGAACACCAUAUGUUCGUGGUCGUUUCUCAAUUUCUCGAAUACAUACACCUUCACCCAGUACAGAAGAAAACGCUCCAAAAAGUGUUAAUGCAGAUAAAAACAUUAACUUCACACCCAAACAUGUUCAAGAACGAAAAAGCUUGUCCUCUACUGCAAAGAAGUCCAUUACUAAAAGUCGGCGAAAGAGCGCUAUUUUUGGUUCUGUGCGUACAAGACGAAGUGGUGCACUACAGUCAAGCCUGUUCGCAAAAAAAUCCUGGGCAGACAUUGUUAAGCUUGGUGUUGCAAAAAGCAAGACGGUGGCUGCUGCGAGGAAACCUUCUUCUCGAAAGAAGCAUGUAAAAAAAGUGUCUUCUAAAGUUCAAAAGACACCUGUUCAGAAGAUAAAGGAACAUUUUAGUACUGGUCACGCAGAGUCCCCAGCCACAAUUGUUAUUGGCAGAGCACAUAGAUCUGUGCAAGUAGUAGGUCAAGCACCUCGUCUCGUCCAAAAUGUGGCAUUGUUGAAGAACAUGGAAAUGAAUGAAAGUUUUACAGGAAUUGAUGUAUUGUUUAGUACACCACCCAACUAUAAAGUAAAAAGAUCUUCAAGAUGCUCUACAGAUCUUGAGGUUCCUGUUAUUACUUCACUGUCUCCUUCUGAAGCUUCAACUAUGAAAACCCCUGAGGAGACAGGUGAAAUGGUAGUGUCGCCUUUAAGUCUUCCUAGUACUUUAAGACGUGGAAGGUAUAACAGAGAAGCUGUGUCACGUCUUCUCCAAGAAGAGUACAGCGGUGCAGAGUCUCCUAGCAAACCACUGAAUAGAUCAGCGUCAAGAAACAUUAAAACAUCCAGCAUAAAUGUUGAAAAUCCUAUGACAUCAGACCAAAAAUUAGAUUGUUUGGAAAACCUGGGAGGAGUAACAAAGCUAGUGCAGACUCCAAAGCAAAAAACAGUUGUACAAUAUUCUAAGAGUAAGGAUGUGAAAAGAAUUAUGAAAACCCCAAAGAAGAAAUCUGAUCCUGUAGAAGAUUUUGUUGGGCUGAAGAGAAUUUUGCGGACUCCAAAAGAGAAAGCAGUUGUAGAAGACUCUACUAAAGCCCUUGAGGGUGUUAAAAGGAUCCUGAGAACACCAAAACAAAAGUCUGAGCAUGUAGAAGAUCUCCGUGGACUUAAGAGACUCCUGCGCUCACCUAAAGAGCCAAAAGUAUCAAAAGUAUUUAUUGAGGAUCUAACUGGAGUAAAAACAAUUAUGAGGACUCCAAAGCAAAAAAGUCAGCCAGUUGAAGACAUGAUUGGUAUAAAGAGAAUAAUGACUACUCCUAAACAAAAGGGAAGUCCCGUUGACAGUGCUUUUGGAAUUAGUAGAAUUAUGAAAUCUCCAAAGCAGAAACACACUCCAGUGAAAGACUUUGCUGGAUUGACUAGUCUAUUUGCAGAACCCCAGCAAACUGGAGGCCAGACGAUAAACACAGAGCUGUUGAUAACAAAGAACAUAAGGCAAUCCAGAAGACUUUCUAAUGAGCAUCAAGAAGGACUAACACCUUCACAUAAAGCAGAAUUAAUACUGGAAAAGCCAACAAGUCCAAAGACCGUAUAUGAACCUGCACCAGUUGCAUCUACAUCAGAGACUUCUGAAAAAACUGUUGCAGUUUCUGCUGCUAGUGUGCAGUCAUGUUUCUCUCCUCCCAAGUCUAGAAAAUCUCCAAGAGGCAAUAGAAUCUCUUCGGAUAUUCUGCCUAAUGCUCCUUUACCUGGGCAAAAUGACACGUCUGAUGGUAAUCUACUUGUGUCUGCUUGUCUUAAAACAACUGAGAGUUCUUUGAAUGUUGAAACGGUGAAACCUGUAAAGUCUCCAGUGAUAUCUAGGAGGUCACAACAGAAGUUAGUUGCUCACAAAAACUUAACAAGUACCACAAGAUCUACACGUAGCAGAAGAGGUGCUCAUAGUGAAAGUGAAGAAAAUCUGUCUUGUGUCACAGCAGUGACAAGUGCAGUGAUCUCAGAAGUUGCAGAAAAGGUGAACACAUCUAUUUCAAAAAGAUCAGGUCGUGGUUCAGGCAAAGAAGUUGCAAAGAAGAUUGAAAACCUUGAACUCCCUGCCAAGAAAUCUACUAGAGGAAGAAAAAUACAAAUAGACACGAAAGAAAGCAGAUCAAGGUCUGAAGAGGUUUCGGGUGAAGAUGUUAAGGAAUGUGAAUCUCUCCUAAAAUUACACACAAGCCCACAACGACCUACAUCAGCCAAAAAACCUGGAAGGAAGCGGAAAACGCAUGAAAAUUCUUUAGAUAUGACCCUCAGUGAGAAAAAUUCCAGUCCAAAUAUGACAACAGAUUCAUGUGCUGAAGAAAACUCUCCUAGUCCUGCGUUAGCUGAAGAUGCUUCUAAGCCAAAGAAAAUGGUACUGCAAGCUAAACAUGCUGCAUUGUCUGGUUUACCUCGAAAGUCUUCACAUGGUCAAAAUAAUAAACCAGGUACUGAUAGCCAAAAUGUUGCUGGGGCAAGUCCUGUCAAAAAUGAUACGAUAGCACGUUCAAAGAGGGCAAGAGGAGUAGUAAAGGGCACUUCAGAGUUGGAACAAAGUGUGCCAAUUGUUUCUACCAGAUCUGUCAGAAAUAAAGCAAAACAGGUUUCUGAUCAAUCGGAAAUUGAGUUCAUUGAAAAAAAUCUUGUGGAAAGUGAAAUUCCAGUUAUUUCAAAAAGGUCUCGGUCUAAAGCUUUGAAAAAAACAAAGGAAAUGGUUAAACUUGCUAUGUCAGAUGGUACAGAUUUGGCAGAUCCUAGCCUUGAAAAAUCAGAUCCACCUGUCACCUCUGAAACAAGUCCCAACUUUAGUAGAAAUGUCAUCUUAGAAGCAGAAACCAUUUCUACAGUGUCAGCACAUGUACCUGUUAGGAUGGGUACUAGGAAAAGGAAUUCUAUAGAUAGUGAGACUAAAGGUGAGGAAACUAAAAAAGCCACCGCGGUCUUAAAUCGUUCUCGUAGGGGAACUGGAAGCUUACUGGUUUUAACUGAUGUUGAGUCUGCAUUAGAUAUUAACUCUAGGAAAACUAGUGGUAGAAGAAAGCGAGAAGAUAUCAACACUCAAACCCUGAUAUCAAAUGUAGAGGAUUCAGGAACCAAGAAAAACCUGAAAGCAGAAAAGGGUUCCAAUACUACCUUGAAGAAAUUAAGAGGAAAGAAGGUAGUGCUAGAGUUAUCAGAAAGUGAUAAUGUAGAGUCUCACAAAAUAGUCGAGUCAAGUCUUAAUUCAGCAGAUGAGAAAGAAGUUCCUAAUGAAGCUACCAAUAUGUCAGAAACUAAAUCCAAGAAAGGGCGCAAAAAACAUGUAAACUGGCAUCCUUUGCUAUCUGAAACUCUGCAGGAGAGUAAAGAGUUGGAACGGCAAGCAAGUGAAACAAAAUCUAAUACACCAGAUGCUGAAGUUGUGAUGCUUCAAGUAACCAAUGAAAAGUCCCCUGAAAAUAAAAGUGGUGGCGAGUUAACAAAGCCAAAAGGUCGAAAGUCUGCAAAGUCAAAGUUACUGCAAGCGCAUAAUACCAUUUGUGAAGAUGCAUCAGCAGAAAGUUCUGUUGAAGUUGUCACGCUUCCACACAGAAAAGGUCGACCUUCCAAAACUAGACUAGCAGCUGAAGCACUUGUGCCGCUGGAAAAAUCUACAAGAAAGCGCAAAAUACUUGACACCGAUACUGCAGAUAACCCAGUCCUGGAGAGUGCAGACCAAGAACAGCUGAUAUCAAAAAGACCAAGGCGAGAAAAAAUUAUUCCUGCCAGUAAGGGACCUGAAGACUUAAAUUCUGUUACUUCCCCUGAAGCCAGUGGUGAGGUCACUGUGAGCAUCAGAAGGGGGAGACGGGCAAAAUGUGGUAAUGAAAUAGCUGUGAACAAACUUAAAAGUGAAGAAAAACUAAAGGUAGCACAAGGAAAAUCGGACUCUUUACAAACGGACAACAACCAAGAUGCUGCUAAAUUAGAGAAACCUUUAAGGAGAGGGAAAAGAGUGCUUGCAGAAACGGCUAUCGCUGAAUCUGUCAUCAGCCCUGUAAAAUCUUUAAGGGGUAGAAGAGCAGUGACUGAAGAUAAAACUUCAAAAAAUGUCCAUGACAAAUUGCCUGAUACUGAAAUUAAACCUCAAAGGGUGUCUAGAAGAGGACACUACACAGAACAGAAAACCAACAAUAAAAUAUUGAAUCCAGUUAAAAGGAGGAAAUAGGCAUGAAGUUUAAUUUUAAAAUUUUAGCCUUUAGUCCGUGGUGUUUCAGGUAUUUUAAACGUAAGGCACUGCUAGCUAGUUAUGCUUAUAUUGUUUUUUCAGCAUACUUGUUAAAUCUUACUGUUGCAAUAACUUUUUAAAUAUAUGGCUAUAAGGAUUAUUGUGUAUAUAUUUUCAAAAGGGAGUUUUAAAUAUACAGUUUAUCAUGUUAUAUCUGUAUGUUUUAGUUUUUCAUGGUUUUUAGUUUUAAAUUGUUAAGUAGUCUUAAAGAAAAAAAAAACUAUGUAGCAAAAUCAGAACAAAAUAUGAAUAUUUAAAAUUUUGUAUUCAUCCUACGGCUCAAUCACCAGUAAUGCAUGUCAUUUUCCAAUAUUAGAUUACAACAAUGUUUACAUCAUUGUAGUCCGGUAUGGUUAGGAAACAAAAUGAUCUGUAUAUGUAGAUUUUCAUUGGUGGCUAACUUGCAUCAGUUAUUUUGUGAUCUGAAAAAAUAUUUGUAGAAUCUGCAGAGCUUAAUGGUUCAGUAUACCAAAACAAUAAAAUUGAAGCUAUUAUUUCUUA